AUGAGUGGAGGCCUCUUAAUACAUCUUUUGAGACCUCUGCCUUUGAACGGAGCAAACUGUCCUAUAAAGGACGAUGAAAUUUGGAUUCAGCAAAAUUGGAAUAUACUCAUAAACUUAGAAAACACAAUAUUAUUCUCGAUGAAGGCAAUUAAAAGCUUAGGUAAAAAGGCAGUUAUCAAAUCAGACGCUCCUUUGCCAAGGUUGGAAGUUGGACAGGUUCUUCUAAGAACAAUAGCAGUGAGUGGCAAUCCAGUUGAUUGGAAAAACGUGGAGUUCCAAUGGAGUGCAGAUCACGCAACAUUAGGCUGUGAUGUUAUUGGUGAAAUUAUCAAAUUCGGUCCAGAUGUGGACACUUCAGAUUUCCAUAUUGGGGAUGUUAUAUCUUCUUACGUUCAUGGUUCUUCUCUAAGGAGCCCAGAGAAUGGUGCUUUUGCAGAAUACGUUGCUGUAGAUACAAAAUUGUCAAUGCAUCUUCCAAGAAAGCUGAAUUUCAGUGACUCAGAACAUAUCUCAGAAGGUCCAGUUACUACCUAUGAAGGGGCUGCUAGUAUUAGCACUUCGUGGUAUACUGCAGGCGCGUUACUAUUCCACCAUUUUAAUCUAAAGUAUACGACACCUAGGGAGCCACAAAAUUCUUUCCCAAUCUUGAUUUGGGGGGGAACCACUGCUGUUGGUCAGGCAUUGAUUCAGUUAAUUCGCACAUUUAACGGCUAUAGCAAAAUUGUUGUUACUGCAUCAAAGAAAAAUGAGAAAUUACUGAAAAAAUACGGUGCAGAUGAUGUCUUUGAUUAUCACGAUCCUGAAGUUAUUGCUAAGAUCAAAGCCAAGUAUACUGAUUUCAGACACCUAAUUGAUUGUGUCUCAAGUAAAGAAACUAUCCAUCAAGUUUACGAGUGCUCUUCAGACAACGGAGAAGCAACUCUUCUCAACCUGUUAAUGUUAUCUCAGGAUGCUAUCAGACCUGAAAUCAGAAAAUCUAAUGUCAAAGUAGACUAUACUAUCCUUUACUCUGCAUUUGGUGUAGAUGUCAAAUUCAGUGACUGGGUAAUUCCAGCUGAUCAGAGUUAUAGAAAAUCACUCAUCGAAUUCGUUAAAGUUAUUAAUAGACUUUUUCUGGAUGGAACACUUCAUCAUAUACCAAUAAAGGUCUAUAAAAACGGUCUAGAAGGCAUGAUUGAAAUCAUGGAUGAUUUAAAAUAUGGAAGAAAUUCUGCCGAAAAGUUGGUCGCGGUAAUGCCUCAUUAG